CUGACCCCCAUUCGUAUCGGACAUCCACUGACCCCCAUUCGUGUCGGACAUAGUGACUCCAAAUCCCCACUCUUCGAGAUUGGGCCCCCGCAUCACCACCACAACCGUCAACCAUCUUCUUGGGAAUCUUUGGUCUUUAAAAACAUCGUCACCGACGCUCUCGCACUCAUCAAAUUCUUCAAACACAAAGAAGAAUAACUGUAUCGUCACUGUAACCUGUCAAAAUGGUCGGAAUCGCACUGCUAGGCGCUGGCAUCUUUGCCCGGGAGCAACACCUCCCCGCAAUCGAAUCCGUCCCCUCCGUCUCCCUCAAAGCCAUCUACUCCCGCUCCGAAUCCUCCGCCAACACGCUCGCCUCGGCUGCCUCGUCUCCCGUAGACGUCUACUACGACGUGCCCACCGGCACCGGCGAAGCCAACGUCGGGCCCGAAGAGAAGACCCUCGACGCUUUGCUCGCCCGCACCGACAUCGACGCCGUCGUCAUUGCCUUGCCCAUCCUCGCGCAGCCGGCUGUCAUCCAGAAGGCGCUUAAAGCCGGCAAGCAUGUGUUGAGCGAGAAGCCGGUGGCGAAGGAUGUGGAGGCGGCGAAGGAGUUGGUUGGGUUUUAUGAGGCACUUGGGGGAGAAAAGAAGCCGUUGUGGGCGGUUGCGGAGAAUUUCAGGUAUACGCCUAGUCUGAUCAAGGCGGCGCAGAGGGUGAAGGAGGUCGGGGGGAAGUUGACCACGUUUCGAUUGAACAUGAAUGGGUGGGUGGAGGAGGGGAAUAAGUAUUUUAAGACUGAGUGGCGCAAAGUCCCCUCCUACCAAGGUGGUUUCCUCCUCGACGGCGGCGUGCACUUCAUCGCCGGCCUGCGCAUGUUGCUCUCCGAACUCAACCAGGAAAUCACCCACGUCGCCGGCUUCAGCGCCCUCCUGGAAGAGCGUUUGUUGCCUGUCGACACGGUGCACGCCGUUGCUUUGACCAACAACGGCAAGUCGGGAACCAUCAGCAUGUCGUUCGGCACCCAGUUCAAGUCCGGACUCGAGAUCGAGGUGGUUACGACCCAGGGGUCCGUCUACUGGAACCACAACCAGGUCAAGACCAAGACGAAGGAGGGGGAGAAGACGGAUGAGUUUGAGAAGAGCACCGGCGUUAAGGAGGAGAUGGUUGCUUUCGCCAAGGCGAUUGAGAAGGGCGAGACGGAGAAGUAUCAGACGCCUGAGGAGGCGUUGAGGGAUUUGGAGGUGGUGCAGAGGCUGUUGGAGUCGGGAGAGGGGAAGGGGGUUGUUAAGACGGUUGAGGCUUGAGUGGGUGUGAGCGUGGCGAGUGAUUAUUCAUUGUCGUCGUUUGGGGUCUCGGUUGAAGAGAGUAGACCCUGGCGGGAGGCUCGGCUUUUUGCUGCGAGACGUUCCGGUCUGUGUGACGGAAUGAGUUAGGGUGGCCACAAUUCAAAACAGGGGUUUCCCAAUGAUAUGAUCAGGUGUUGGGACUCACAGUAAAAUACGAACAUCGAUAAUAUUCAGCAUCCAACACAUGAUGAUGACGAGUAUCCAAAGCACGAUGGAUAUCUGCCAGG